AUGCCUGUUGAAAAGUUGCUGCUCGACCCUCGGAUCGUGCUCAUCGAGGGUCAGCCGUGCAAGGUGCUCGUGAACAUUUACCCCAUCCUGGAGCUCAUGUGCGACCACGGCGCCCUGGGAGGGCAUGCAUACUUCUGGAUCGACUAUCUCUGCAUAAACCAAGGGGAUGAGCUCGAGCGCGGCCAGCAGGUCGCCCUCAUGGGCCAGCUGUAUUGCCGCGCCUACCACACGGUCGUCUGGCUCGGACCCAGCACACCCGACACCCGCGGUGCGACCACGGCGAUGCACCUCAUCGCGGCGUGGAGACAUGGGGCAGCGCCUCACGAGCAGGCCGCCGCGCGGGACGCCAUUACGAGCGAUCAGUGGCGCGCACUGAGCAGGUGGAUGCUUCGGCCGUGGUGGACGCGCGUGUGGACGCUGCAGGAAUUCUUGCUACCUGAGAGGCUGGUCUUCCACUGCGGGCCCGAGAGCGUCACCAAGGCGACGUGGUCGCAGGCUGUGGGCAUGUUGUACGACUAUUCCGCGGUGGGAAUGCUGGAGCACAAGGCCUUUGGGAACCAAUGGGCGAGGAGAAGACUGCUGAACCACUAUGACAACAAGGUUUCGGGAGAAAAAAUGGGACUCGUAGCCAUGAUGGCUUAUGUGGGAUAUUACCAGGCGACAGACCAGAGGGAUCGGAUCUAUGCGCUGCUGGGUGUGUGCAGCGACCGAGAUCGAGAUGUGGUCGGGCAAGCAGACUACCACGCGAGUGUCGAGGAGGUGUAUACGCGGCUGGCGGUGAGGUUCAUACACGUGCAUCGGAGCCUCGAUAUUAUCUGCUUCGCGGCGCUGUUUAACAAAGUCCUCGAUGCCGAUGACGAUGAGGGUGGCGACGAAGAGCCAUUACCUUCCUGGAUUCCAGACUGGCGACGCUUUGCUUAUCGGGCUUCACGGCCGGUGCCCUCAAUGGUUAGCGAGCCGAGUCGACAGCACAUUGGCAAUUUUCGACCUACCGGUUUCCAACCAAAUCCAGACCUGAUCUACAUGGCCUCAGCAAACCUACCCGCGCAGUACUUGAUCUCAGAAGACCAGCGACGGCUGACCUGCCAAGGCCUCAUCAUUGACACCAUCGACGGGCUGGGGCCCGCUCAUCACCCUGCGCCCGAUGAUAAUGCUGACCCGAGCCUUCACCUGGUCCAAUCUACAUCUCGAAUAAACCUUCAAGAAGCAAAAACCCACUUGGCUCUCGACAGAGUCCUCUCUCAAGCCUCGUCCGACUCGGUCCUCGAGGCCCUCAUCCGCAGCCUCUCACUCAACCGAUCUGGCCGAUACCUCACCUCCGCAGCCCAAAUACCAUCGUACAUGCACGAAUUCCAGCACACUCUCGUGAACGUGAUGGGCGCUCGACCUCUCCCCACAGAGUGCGCGCCGGUGAUCGAGUGGUUUCUAGCAAACCAAGCUCUGCGCAUCCGAGGCGCCACGCUUAGAUAUCACUGUGAGGCAGCGACGCCACCACCGGCUGCAAAGACGAGGACGGCGGGGCGGAAGAAGCAUACCAUCUGGCGCGCGGCGGAGACGACGGUGGGGGAGUGGCCGUGGGAUUGUCGGCUGGUUGUCACGGCUGGAGGGGACCUGGGCAUGGUGCCGAGGCUGGCGAGGAAGGACGAUGUGGUUUGUGUGCUUAUUGGGUGCAGCGUCCCUGUCGUUCUCAGGCGGUCGGACUACGAUGAUGCUCUCUUCACCCUGAUCGGCGAGUGUUUCUUCCCUGGCAUUAUGGAGGGUGAGGCCCUUGACGAAGGGAGGGCGAUACGGGACUUUGUUCUGGUGUGA